AUGUAUUUCCCCUUGAAUAUCUUCAUUCUCCAUAUGAUUCUGGCUGGCUAUGCAAACGCCCUUCCAAACUUCACUCAACCACUCGCAAAUUACAAAUGGCCAAGCCAGUUCGUUCGCACCAACCAAGCAAACAUCCAAGUCCUGGUCCAAGGUACUGGACCUACGGUGGUGCUACUCCCCUCAUACGGAAGAGAUGGCGGAGACGACUACAACUAUUUCACAAACCAGCUAGUAUCUGCCAGGUAUCUCGUACUACGUCCUCACCCCCGGGGGACCUUCGAGUCAACUAGCCCCAUGAUCAAUGUCAGUUUAGCAGAUCUAGCAGCCGACAUCGCAGCCGUGAUCGACAAUCUGGGUGGCGGGAAAGCAGUCGUGAUCGGUCAUGCGUUUGGCACAUUUCUUGCACAAGUGACCUCAGUGAUUUACCCGGAGAAAAUUCCCGCCAUAGUCGUCGCAGCUCCGGGUGGCAUCGAUCUACCUACUGGUGUUGCUCAACUUCCCUUCGUCGCGGGUAAUACCUCGCUGCCUCUUUCUAAGCGGCUUGAGGCUCUGUAUGUAUGGCAUGAGGGGCGGUAUCCUGAUGUUCUUGCCAUGGAGUACACUGCGGUGAAGAAAUACGGUAGCUUGAAGAGAUACUGGGCUAGUGGGGAUAAUACACAGGUUCUGGAGUCUAGCAGAGGUAGUCAGUGGAACGUGAGUUCCACGCGGUACCCGGAGCGAGCCACUUCUGUUGUUAUUGCUGAUGCUGCUCAUGCGCUUUUCCCUGAGCAGCCAAGAGCUAUCGUUGAAGUUGUCUUGCCAUGGUUAAAACAACAGAGCUCGAAGUUGUGA